UUUAUUUUCCGAAUACUUGCAAGAGAGCAGUCAAGAAAACCUACAACGAAAAAUAAGAAAAUUGUAAUUAAAUUAGAGCAAAUUUUUACAAACCGGAGUUAUUGCUACUUAUUGCGAAAUACAUAGGUACAAUUACUUAAACGACCGGCAUCACAGGAGAAGAUGAUGUAUUUACCACUACUAUACGUUUGUACAGGAGCUUUGAACGUUCUACUAUUAAAAUGGAGUGACACCUUGGAAGGCGAGUGCAGCGAUGGGAAAUGGCGUCGUUUCCAACAUCCAGUGGUUCAAACUGCUCUCAUGUUCUUAGGACAAUUUCUUUGCUUCGUCUUUUACAAAGCUGCAUAUUUUUUUCUUCAACGGCGCGGUGCGGGUGCUGAAGGUGAAAAUGUGUUAACACGAGGCGGACGUGAAUUCUCACCGCUGCAAUUGUUUCUGCCAGCUGCAUUGGAUGUAAUAGCUUCUGUUAUAUUAUUAACAGGGCUCUAUUUAACCUAUGUGUCCAGCUUUCAAAUGCUAAGGGUUUCUGCUCUAAUAUUUGUUGGAAUAUUUGGUGCCAUACAUCUUAAUCAAACUUUGACUGCACGUCACUGGAUGGCUAUGUUCACCAUCAGUUGCGGUAUCUUGGUAAUAGUAUCUAUUGAUGUACAACGCGUCGCAUAUGAUCACAUUUUAUUGCCAAACUGGGAUAGCAAUGCAGUAUUAACCGGUAACUUACUCGUACUUUUCGCACAAAUUUUCCACGCUGCUAAAUUUGUUUAUGAUGAAAAGUGCCUUAAAGGAACGGAUAUACCGACCUUGUUGGCUACCGGUUGGCAAGGCAUCUUCGGUCUCUUAAUCACUGUUUUGCUGGGCAUAUGUCUAAAUUUCUUACCAUCACCAGUACCACUUAACCAUAACAGCCGAGGCGUUUUCGACGAUCUUGGCGAUAUUAUACCGCAACUCCGCAGUAAUCCAACAUUAUGGACACCUUUAAUAAUUUUUGUGAUCUCCAGUGCUUGUUAUAAUUUUGCUUCACUAACGAUUGUAAAGUAUUCAUCAUCAGCGAAUCGAUUACUGGCCGAUGGCUUACGUGUGCUACUCAUUUGGUGGAUGGCCUUCAUGUUGGAAUGGGAAUGGUUCAAUCUCAUAACAUUAAUGGGCUUCAUAAUACUGGAAAUGGGCACAAUUGCUUAUCGGAAUGCGAUAUUUAUUGAGUGGUAUAGAUCACUAAUAGCUCGUUUGAUGCGUGGACGAUAUGCAGAUUUAAGCAAUGAAACAGUCAAUGACAGCGCAGAGCCUGGUGUAUCGACGAACCGUCCGGCGGAUGUUAUUUAAAUGACUGCAACUGAUAUAGCGAGUAACGCAUUGUUGUGAUAUGCCGAUGUAAGAAAGUAAACAUUUCAAGAAUUUAUAGUUAAAAGCACGAAGGAGAGCGAAACUGACAUGACUACUGACAUACAUAUACAUAUAUACAUAUAUAUAGAAUAAUAAUAAUUUUUGCAGUUUAUUUAACAAUAUUUGAAAUUCUUCUGCUUAUUUACUUAUAUAAAAAUUUAUUUAAUUUACUUAGUGUGACAACUCAACAUACGAUGAGACAAUAAUUGAAACAUCUCCUACCCCCUGAAAUCCUUUAAUAACAUUUACAUAUAAUGCUUCGUGAAAAAUUCUGGUUUUCUACCUAGUUUCAUGUAGUUAUUAAAAAUUGCACUAAGUGCUCAAGUUGUUGGUGUCACAGCUAAAUUAUUUGAAAUAUUUAAUAUGUAAAAAAUGUAACUGAUUUAUCUGACUGUUGGAGAGAGAAAUUAGGCGAUAUUUGACUAAAAAUAAGUAAAUUACUAAUUAUUUGAAAAUAAACUUAUUGAGAAGAAUGAAAGAUAAAA